CCGAGCCGCAGCCCACCCUGUGACUUGGCUGAGGAGGAGAACCCUCCCCUCUUAGCAGGAGGGGGCCAGCAAAGGGAAGGAUCGCAGAUUAAGGCCUAGGGGGCCACGUGACCCUCCCCUAGGAAUGCGGUGACGUCAGGGGGCGUGGCUGUCCCCAAAAUUGGGGAGGAAGGGGGAAAAAAAGCCAGAAAGUUUCUUUGCUGGAGUCUUCAACGAGUUGUAGGACCGGAAGGGGACGGGGUCGAGGCUACAAGCUCAGAGUUUUGUGGGGGCCCUGACCUGUCUGGAGUGGAGUACCCCCAUUCCAGGCCAUGUCGGGGCCCACCUGGCUUCCCCCGAAGCAGCUAGAGCCGGCCAGAGCCCCUCAGGGGAGAGCGCACCCUCGUGGCUCCCUGGGACCACCACCAGCCCACGGAGCAGCACUCCAGCCCCACCCCAGGGUCAAUUUUUGCCCCCUCCCAUCUGAACAAUGUUACCAGCCUCCUGGGGGACCAGAGGAUAGGGGGCCUGCCUGGGUGGGGUCCCAUGGAGCCUCCCAGCGUCCACAGGGGAUCCCCCCAGACAGGGGGGUUGUCCGCCCCGGAAACCUGGAUGCUGAGAUAGAUUCGCUCACCAGCAUGUUGGCGGAUCUGGACGGGGGUCGCAGUCACACCCAGCGACGACCAGACAGACAGGCUUAUGAGCCCCCUCCACCCCCUGCUUACGGGGCAGGCUCCCUGAAGCCCAACGGAGGUGGAGGUCCACCUCCGAUGCACCCAGCAUCCCCCUAUGGGGGCCCGACUCCAGCCUCAGCAUCCCCCUAUGGGGGUCCAACUCCAGCCUCCUAUGCUACCGCCAGCACCCCAGCUGGUCCCGCCUUCCCUGUACAAGUGAAAGUGGCUCAACCUGUGAGAGGCUGCGGCCUGCCUAGGAGGGGGACCUCUCAGGCCUCUGGGCCUCUCCCUGGCCCCCACUUUCCUCACCUAGGGCGAGGUGAAGUCUGGGGGCCUGGCUAUAGGAGCCGUGAGCCAGGACCAGGGGGUAAGGAAGAAGCUGCUAGGGUGCAUUGCCCUGCAGGAGGAGGAAGAGGAGGUGGACUCGGGCUCCAGGUCCCCCUGAGCCAGCCUCCAGAAGAGGAACUGGAGAGACUGACCAAGAAGUUGGUCCACGACAUGAGCCACCCGGCCAGCGGGGAGUACUUUGGUCGGUGUGGUGGCUGUGGAGAAGAUGUGGUUGGAGAUGGGGCUGGGGUUGUGGCCCUGGACCGCGUCUUCCAUAUUGGUUGUUUUGUGUGUUCUACCUGUCGGGCCCAGCUCCGGGGCCAGCAUUUCUAUGCUGUGGAGAGGAGGGCUUACUGUGAGAGUUGCUAUGUGGCCACCCUGGAGAAGUGUUCUACAUGCUCUGAACCCAUCCUGGACCGGAUCCUGCGGGCUAUGGGAAAGGCCUACCACCCUGGGUGCUUCACUUGUGUGGUGUGCCACCGAGGCCUAGAUGGCAUUCCCUUCACAGUGGAUGCCACCAGCCAGAUCCACUGCAUUGAGGAUUUCCACAGGAAGUUUGCUCCACGGUGCUCAGUGUGUGGUGGAGCCAUCAUGCCAGAACCAGGUCAGGAGGGGACAGUGAGAAUCGUUGCCCUGGAUCGAAGUUUUCACAUUGGCUGUUACAAGUGUGAGGAGUGUGGGCUGCUGCUGUCCUCUGAGGGUGAGUGUCAAGGCUGCUAUCCGCUGGAUGGGCACAUCCUGUGCAAAGCCUGCAGUGCCUGGCGCAUCCAAGAGCUCUCGGCCACUGUGACUACCGACUGUUGACUUUUCCUAGAAACAUCUGCUGGGAUUUCAGUUCCCAUCCGUCACUUCCUCUGACAUCUAUCUUUACAGUUUGUUAUCCAAUGCUGUCUCUUCUUCCUCCCAUUGAAAUAAUCCCUGAAGAGUUUACAAAGCACUUGCAAGUCUGUUAUUUCAUGAGUCUCAACGGCAGCCCAAUACAAGCAUGACUAUUACUGAUUGCCUCUUUUAAAAAAA